CAGAAAUCGCGCCGCUCGUUGUAGUCAGUAGCAAUCCAAAGCGUGCGGAGGGAUUCGUCAAUCGUGUACGCAUUUCGUGUUUUAAAAAACGCUUCUAGAGUGAUGUUCCGGUUGAUUCGGGGGCGCGAGUAACAGCUGGUUCUUGCGCGGAAUUCUUCGAGUCGGGACACGGCUUAUUUGUUACCGAAUUGAGCCGUGAAAGCAGCUACCAUGUAUAAACUACUGGGGGGAUUGGCCAAUUACCUGAAGUACCAGGACAUUGUGACGGAUUGUGCCAUAUUCAGGAUGCAUAACCUCUUCACCACCGCCUUGCUGAUGGCUUGCAGUUUGAUUAUCACCGCCAAUCAGUUUGUCGGCAACCCCAUCCAGUGUAUAGUGGAUGGAUUGCCCACGCACGUAGUCAACACUUACUGCUGGAUAUCGUCCACUUUUACGAUGCCCGACGCUUUCAGAAGACAGGUUGGAACAGAGGUGGCCCAUCCCGGCGUGGCAAACGACUUUAGCGACGAGAAUGCUCAAAAAUUCUACACUUACUACCAGUGGGUUUGCUUUGUCUUAUUUUUCCAGGCCGUCGCCUGUUACACGCCAAAGGUAAUAUGGGACUCUUUCGAAAACGGCCUGAUGAGAAUGCUGGUGAUGGGGCUUCAUGUCGCCAUUUGUCCCGACAAGGAGCGAAACAAAAAGAAACAAAUCAUAAUGGAUUAUUUGAUGACACACGUUGGGAGACACAACCUCUACGCCCUUAGAUACUGGGCUUGUGAGUGUCUUUGCCUCAUCAAUAUCAUUGUACAACUCUACCUCAUGAAUAGAUUCUUCGACGGCGAGUUUCUAUCGUAUGGUCUCCGAGUAAUGAACUUUUCCGAGCAGGCUCAAGAGGACAGGGUCGACCCUAUGGUUUACGUCUUUCCUAGGGUAACCAAAUGCAUCUUUCACAAAUAUGGUGCCUCAGGCAGCAUACAGAAACACGAUAGCCUGUGCAUCCUGCCUCUAAACAUUGUAAAUGAGAAGACGUACAUUUUCAUUUGGUUCUGGUUCAUGAUACUGGCAACCAUGUUGACAGUUUUGGUUGCUUAUAGGGUGCUAAUCAUCGUGUACCCAAAAAUAAGACCAAAAAUUUUACACGCCAAGCACAGAAGCCUGCCUAUUGAAGUUUGUCGAGUACUAUGCAGGAAAAUCGAUAUGGGUGAUUGGUGGCUUUUACUAAUGUUGGGCACGAAUAUGGACCCUAUCGUCUAUAGGGAGAUUAUUAGUGAAUUAGCCAAAAAUAUUCAAUCCAAAGGCGGCGGCAAACUGCAGUACUGAUCGAACUUGCUAUGUUGCCAAAAUAAAUAUGUAGGAUGUGAUUUUGCGCACAAAUCGCACUGCCAAUUCAAAACAAAAAACUUUUCAUGACUGUAACAAUGUGAUCUUUUUAUACAAACCUAUUGUCGAAGUGUCGAACACACUCAUUUUAUUAGGUCUAUAGAGGACACUAUUUUUAAAAAAAAUAUUAAAUUAUUGUAAUCAAUCUACUAAACAAAUUAUUGGUAAUUUUUGGAAACCUUUUUAUAUAGGUCAAUUCGAAUGGAUUCAAUUUUAAGUCCCGAUUAUUAUUAUCGCUCAGGUUAACACCUAUAGUAUUUACGCUCUGGUAAUGUUCUUCAUAUUGCUUCGUCAUACCAUCGUUUUCAGUAAUUUUAGACCGGGGGACCAAAUAUUUAGUCCUUAACUUAGCAAAAUACAGUAAUUCAAUGCAAUAAAAUUAAUUAAAGAUUAAUCUUGACAAAAUAAUGAUACCUAUCUAGAUAUACGAAAAAAAUUAUAAAGCAAUAACAAUUUUGGCAAGCAUUAAUUUGUAACACAAUUUUAAUCUAUGGCAACGCAUACAUUUUCGUGUAUAUAAAGGGAAUUCAUUAAAUCUGCAAUUAAAUUAAAUAUGUUCUUGAUUUUUAUCUAGGAUUAUUUUGGUCCACGCGGAGUAAAGUGUUUUUUGUCUGGUGUUUUCCUUGAUAGGUUAGUACAAAUUACUGAUGUUAUUUUUUUAUUUAGGAAAAAAUAUAUGUUUUUUAAGUGA